AUGGAACAAGCCUGUGGUGGGGAUGAGACUCCAUCUUCCUCAGAUUAUGAGGAUGAUUUUGAUAUCAGACCAGCCACUAAAAAGACUGUGGAAGUUGCUGUUCAUCAUGGUGAAAGCCAGCAUCGACGAAAAAGUCAAAAAGAAGUACAAGUUUCUGCAGGCCAAGGAGGAGAGACAAAGCCUGAGACUAAAGAGCUAGCUGAGGAAGCUGACAAAUCUGUGGAGCAGGUGGAGAGUGAAGAGAUUCCAAGGGCAAGUGACAAAGAAGGAGAAAAAAAGCUUGACACAGAAGAGCUAACUAAGGAAGCUGGCAAAUCUGAGGAGAAAGUGGAGAGUGAAGAAAUUCCAAUACCUAGUGAUGAAGCUCAAAAGGCAGAAGAAGAAGAAGAAGAAGAAAAGAAGCGGCUUGAGCCUGACAUGGAGGACACAGAGAAAGUUGGGUUCGUUAUGUCUCUAAGUAAGCUUUCCUCCUGGGGCCCUGCACCAGGAGCAGUUAGUGGGUUUGGUGGUGGGGGAGGUGGAUUAGAGGAUAAUGGUGCAUCAGGCAGAGGUGAUGGGUACUCUGGGAGAUGUGGUGGUACCCAUGCGAAACAAGCCGGAGGUGGAGGAAGCUCGUACUGUAAUGGCACAGAUUGUUCUGGUUUGACCGGUGGGAACUCGAAUGAUUCCUUGUGUACCAACAAAUAA